GUUUCGAGCAAACGCCACCGAAUACGAAUUAGAGCAAAGCAAACGCCACCGAAUCAGAAGAGAACCCAAUAAAAACAAACAGCCAAAGAUCAUCUCUAGCAGAGAGGCCAAGAACCAUCCAUGGCGGAUCAAAAUCGAAGACCUUUAUCAUCAGAGGAGAAGACUGUGAAGUCGCCUAAUGUGUUAGAACGGGUCAAAGAAGAAAUGCAAGCAAUGGGUCAUCAUGAUGAAAAGUCCAAGAGUCAUCAUCACCAUCACAAAGAGACUCAUGGAACAAGUGACGACAUUGACCAGAACACACCAGUUGAUGAUGUGAAAGCACCUGGUUUCUUUCAACGCGUUAAAGAAGAGAUCGAAGCCAUCUUUAACGCUGUUACUCCCAAGCGUUCUUCUAAGAAGUGAGGGAAAAAAAACUGAGUCAACUCAACAUCGUAUCGUAAUGUUUGUAACUCUAAUGUUAGUAGUUUUUUUAGUAGGAGUCUUUUUAACACAUAUCUGAAUUAUGUGUGGGGGGAGUCUUUCAAAAAGUUUAGUGAGUCUUGGAAUUUAUCAAUAAUGAAAUUUACACUUGCAAAUGUCACAACCCAGAGGUUAAUAUAUGUGAUCUAGUAUUGAGAUUGGUUAUUCCUGAUUGUAUUUUUCCGGUUUGGGUUAAACCGUGUUUCUUGAUUGUUGUAACUUUGUUCAGAUUAAGGUGGUGGUGAACCAAGUUUAUAGACUCUCUCGGUCUCGGA